AUGCCAAAUCCACUGGUCGUGACAGCCUUAGGAGGCAUCGCUGUCACCUAUGUCUUCCUUUGGGCGCUCUUAUAUCUCACCCAAGACGGCAAGGAGCCUCCAGUGGUUUCCAGCUCCAUUCCCUUUAUCAGUCCCAUACUAGGCAUGGUACGAUGGAGCAUGGAUUUCUACCCACACAUGAGAGAGCGACAUCGAGACUUGCCUAUAUACACUCUCAGGAUCCCCGGUGCCCGCCUGUACGUUAUCAAUUCAUUGGAUCUCAUUCCCGUGGUUCAGCGUCAAUGGCGGACGUUGUUGUUCCCACCCAUCCAAGCCAAGGCAGCACAGGCAGCCAUGGGCGCAAGCAAAGAAGCCCUUGCUAUUUUGAAACACGACAUGAUCACGGAACAUGGUUUUGUCCACGGCAUGGUUAAGACUACUCUGCCUACCAUGAGCGGUCCAUCACUGAACGUCUUGAACGCGAAGACGUCUGAAGUCUUCGAGGAAGCCUUGAGACAGUUCGCUGCCCCAACAACAGUCAACCUUUUUGAGUGGAUUGGCAAACAGAUCAUUGAGUCCUCAACUAUAUCUCGAUUCUACAAGACGCUAUGCGCUGAUAUUUCCGUUAGCAAAUAUCACCCAGCGCUCAUGUUCAUCAUGUUGGACAUUCUACCCCAAAAUAUCUUCUUCGGAGCAGCUGUACAGGGCCGCGAACAACUCAUCAAGAGCUUUGCAAAGUACUACGCCGAUGGCAGCUACAAGCAAGGAUCUGCUUACAUCCAACAACUCAUAGCGCACUGCAUUGAUCAUAAAAUCCCUGGAGAUGACAUCCCAAAAUUCCUUGUCGGCACUGUUUUUAACAACGUUGCUAAUACUGUCCCCACUGCCUUCUGGCUGGUAUACCACAUCUUCAGCGAUGCGGUCGUCCGGGAGGAGUGCCGGAAAGAAGUAAGCCAAGCGGUCCAGAACCAAGACGGGACCUCGACCAUCGAUCUCAACUUCCUUCUCACCUCAUGUCCCACCCUGCUCUCCACCUACCAAGAGGUAUUCCGCUACCACGGCAUGGCCAACUCAGUCCGCGUCGUCUCGGAAAACCACAUGCUGGACAACAGAUACCUACUCAAGAAAGGCGGCCUGGUCAUGAUAUCCGCGCGCGCCCAGCACAGUAACCCGGCCAUCUGGGGCGAGGACGUGCACCAAUUCCAGCACAAGCGUUUCGUCAAGCAAGAAAGCAGUGAAGAACAGCGCCUAAACCCUGUGGCGUUCCGCGGCUUUGGAGGAGGCACAACGUUGUGUCCCGGUCGCCACUUCGCCACUGCUGAAAUCUUGAUGCUGGCCACUAUGAUACUAUUGCGUUUCCAUGUGCGGCCAGCGAAAGACGCCUCUUGGGCGCGACCGUCAACGGCCAAGUCUUCGCAGGCCGAGGCUAUGGAGCAGCCUGAUGUUGAUAUCGAGGUUGAAUUCGUGCCCCGGUCUGAGGCAAGCGGCAAGACGUGGCAGAAGCAGAAGCUAGGUAGUAUAUAG